AUGACAGCUGCAGAACGCGAUGCUGCGCCGGUUGGAGACCGCCUGAAGUCCUACCGUUCCCAGCAUGCGCCAGCCGGCUGGAGCAUGCUGGGAACUGUAGGACUCCCGCCUGCCCAACCGGCGCAGCAUCGCGCCCUAGCGCCGCUUCUCUCGACCCUGCGGGCGCGUCCCGAGCACCCGGGCGCCGAAUCGCGCCCCGAGACGCCGCUCCCUCCCGGCCCUGCACGAGCACGCGGGCCCGCCCGGGCGGGAUGCGGCGGCGGCGGCGGCGGCGGCGGCGGCGGCGAAAGCAGAGCCGCCGGUGAAUGCCGCGGCGCCCGUCCGUCCAUCAGUCCCUAUGCAGACGGCCGGGCGGGGGCGCGCGCACACGCACGCGCCCUGCCGCGGUGCGCGGGCCCGGGGCUCCCUCGCGAGGCGGCCGCCGGAACAGCGCCCGCAGGCGCAGGGACGCCUCCCGCGGCCGCAUCCGCGGCUCACGUGAGGCCGGACGCGCCCGCGGCUGUGCGGCGAGCUGCUUCCAUGGCGCUGCUUCGGUUCCUGCUGCUUUCCCUGCCGGCUCUCCUGCGGGCCGGCCCGCCGCCGCCUUUCCCCGCCGCCGGCGCGGAGCCCACGCGCAGCUGCUCGGUGCUGCUGGACCCGCUCUCCGCGCGGCUGCAGGUCGUGAGCGGCUGGGCGCCCGGCGCCGUCGCUUGGGCCAACCUGACCGACGCGAUCCGGGAGACUGGAUGGGCUUUCCUGGAACUUACCACCAAUGACAAGUAUAAUGACAGCAUCCAGGCGUACGCAGCAGGUCUGGCUGAAGCGGCCGUGUCUGACCAGCUCAUCUACAUGCACUGGAUGAACAUCAUGGUGGGCUACUGCGGCCCCUUCAGCUACCAGACUGAGUACUGCCAGAAGCUGAGGAACUACCUGGAAGCCAACCUGGACUGGAUGCAAGAGCAGAUUGAGGCGGCUCCAGGCUCUGAGUACUGGCACCAGAUUCGCCUCGCCCUGCUGCAGCUGAAGGGCCUCGAGGACGGCUACAACGGCCAGGUGGCCUUUCCCACUGGCCAGUUCUCCAUCGCCCCCUUCGGCUUUCUCUUGUUCCAGCUGGGGGGCGACUUGGAAGACCUGGAGCCGGCCUUCAACAAAUCGGACAGGCAGCGUGUCCUGGGCUCUGGGUCGUGCUCAGCCCUCAUCAAGCUAUUGCCUGGCAAUCAGGACCUCCUCGUCUCCCACGACACGUGGACCACCUACCAGUCCAUGCUGCGCAUCCUCAAGAAGUACACUUUGCCCUUCCGGACUUCAGCCCACAGUGACAGCACGGUUUUUGGGUACGUGCAGGCUUUCUCCUCGUACCCUGGCCGCAUCUUUUCUGGAGAUGACUUCUACAUCAUGAGCAGUGGCCUGGUAACUCUGGAGACCACCAUUGGGAACCUCAACGCCAGCCGGUGGAAGUACGUCCAAGCCGAAGGCAGUGUCCUGGAGUGGCUGCGCAAUCUGGUGGCCAAUCGGCUGGCCAAGAGCGGGGCGGAGUGGGCGGCCAUCUUCCAGCAGUUCAACAGCGGCACGUACAAUAACCAGUGGAUGAUCGUGGAUUACAAAGCUUUCAUCCCAGGCAGGGCCGGCCUCCAGGAGGGCGUGCUCACCAUCCUGGAGCAGAUCCCGGGAAUGGUGAUCACACAGGACAAAACCAAAGAGCUGUACCAAGAGAGUUACUGGGCGAGCUACAAUGUGCCGUACUUUAAAGAAAUCUUCAACGCCAGCGGCCUUCCUGAGAUGGUGGAGAAAUACGGUGACUGGUUCACCUAUGAGAAGAGCCCCCGGGCACAGAUCUUCCGGCGCAACCAGACUCUUGUCCGCGACGUGGCCUCUAUGAUCCGGCUCAUGAGGUUCAACAACUUCCCGAAGGACCCGCUCUCCCGGUGCCAGGCCUGCGAUCCGCCACAGAAUGGGGAGAAUGCGAUUGCCGCCCGCUCUGAUCUCAACCCCGCCAACGGCACAUACCCCUUUGGGGCUCUGCAGCAGAGGCCGCAUGGCAGCAUUGACAUGAAGGUCACUUCCUACGAAAUGGCGAAGAACCUUAGUCUGAUUGCCACGAGUGGCCCUACCUGGGAUGACUUGCCUGCGUUCCAGUGGAGUUCUUCCCCGUACCGCAAUCUGCUCCACAUGGGCCACCCGGACCUUUGGCAGUUCCCGCCCAUCCAGGUCUGCUGGGACUGAUGCCGCACGGAAUCGGACUGUUCCUGUCGCACCAGGCUUGCAGGCUGGGUGCCAAAUCACUGUUACUGCAGAGCUUUGUGGGUAUGUGUUGCACCUUUAGCUGGCUCUUCCGCAGGGAAAAUGAAGACCUCCUCUUGCGUUUUGAGUUCUUGAACGGGUGAGAGCAGUUGGUAAUGAAGGAAUGGCAUAGGGGUGAUUUGUACGCUGCAGUUCCACAGGAGCACUGCAGAAGGUACAGAGUUCUGUUAAUGGAGAAUUGUGGCUUUCUGCAGAGUUGCUUGUUUCAUGGUCUUAAGUUUCUAGUCCUUAUGGUCACAAAGUAUGCCUUGGAAGUACAUGCAGGGAAAAGGCUGCUGCAGUUUCAGCAGCCAGAAUUUGAUUCAUGCGUGUGUAUGAAUGAAAUGCAUUUUUUCUCACCCCCACCCCCACCCCCAGUAGUCUGCUAGAAAGACAAGCUAAGGAGGCCAUCACAAAAGGCAACUUUUCCCCUAGGGCGAGGUGCAGAACCUCUGGUCCAGGGGCCGGGCUUGGCCUUCCCAGGGUCCCCGUCUGGGCUUUUGGGUGUGGUUCCCCAGAACGCCCUCUGUCCCCCUGCCUUUUCCGCCAGCCACAAACCUUUUGCUCAUGGCAUGGCUUUGGCGACGCUUUGAUCUUGUUCUAGAAGAUCAGGCUGCCUUGCCUGGCCGAUGGCAUAAUUGCUGGCACCGUAGGCAGUGGGAGGGGCUGGCUCACGAGGGCUGGGGCCCUCCAUCUCCCGCCUGCAGCCCCAGGACUCAGGAGGCCCUGUGCCCUCCGCCUGCCGCCCAGGCACAUCCGGAAAGAAAGGUGCAGGCUUUGGGCCCACGUGAGAGCCACCGCCGGUUGCCUCCCUUUGCGCCAUCUGCAGGAGGCCUCUUCCCAGACUCAAGGGUCCACCCCUUCCUUGCCCAGUCCUCCCUUUUCACAAAUAAAAGACAAGGCCUUUGGAAAGCUCACACACACACUUUCGCACACAUGCAUAUGCAUGCAUUUCUCCUCCUUCCUCUCUUCCCCACCUAACGCCUCCCCAGCUUUGUUUGAAUUACGGGAUGGCUGGUCUUUGGGGUCUUUUGGCCCCAGCCUGUGCUUGUGCCCCCCCCCACCAGCAGCACAUGGCCCCCAAACGUUUCUCCAAAAUGGAACAUGGCUCUUGGGGCGGUGCUGGAUUGCACCCCUUGUAACCCCUUGGGUUCUCUGCCUGGACCACAGUUGUGUUCUGUCUGUGGCAGCACUGUGACGGGAAUCUGCAGAAAUGGAUUGCUUUAGGACCCUUUUUGGAUUGCUUUAGGACCCAUCCACCAGAUAUAGAGUAAAAUGACUCUGAUUUGCCUACAUUUACUCCAGUAUGGCUCUGAUCCCUUAAGCUGUUUGAGCUUGUCUGAAGAAAAAUUCUACCCAGUAUGGUCCAGUUACUUUCAAGCAUACACCUAACGCACAAGACGUGUGCAUGAGACAGGCUCAUCCACCGGCAAUGUGCAUCUUACAGGCAUGCGCAUUGCGCAGUUUCUGUCUCUUGCUUUGGAACGCUUAGCCAGCAGCAAAACCCAGAAUUGUCUCGGUAGGGUGUCAAAGCACUUCUUCGGUUGCAUCUCCUGCAAACACAGGAACGUAAUGUGAGUGAACGAAAGCAAGAGUUCUCGGUUCUCAGUUCGGUGUUCUAGUUCGUGCAGGUUUUCUGUUCCAAAUGAGAAUCAUGAAACAUGGAAAACGAUCUUUGGCCUUUGGUGCACAGGGCGAUUUAAAGGGACCCAUUCCUUCCACUUCUCUUUGCUCGCCCGCUAACUGGAGCCAAAAGAAAUCGAUCAGUCUGUUGACAGCGUAAAGCUGGCCUCCAGUAAACCAGCGUGAAAGGCUGUCUCUCAGCUGAGUGAAGAAUUUUGUCCUGUAUGAUCAAAAGAUUUUUUUAUGAAGAUGAUUUAUCUUAAUAAAUGGCUACGCUAACUUGC